AUGGCAGAUACAGAAGCUUUUGAUUCUUCUUCAAGUACUAUGCAUCAAGCUUCAGGGGUUGCACCUGUCAAACACAAAAGAUUAACAGAUUCAGAAAAAAGAAAGAUUUCUCAGCAUUUGUCUCUUAAUUACAACAAAAAUCAACUCAAAUGUGGAAAAAUCAAUCAGCUAGCCAAGGAUUAUGGAGUAAGCAGAAUCACAAUUUGGAAAAUCUGGAAAGUGGUGCUCAAGUCAAUUAAAGAAGGUCAUCUACCUGAUGUUGAUAGAAGAUACAAAGGUGCCAACGUAAAAAUCCAAAUGGACUUGGAGAAGGUAAAAUCAAUACCCCUCAAGCUUAGAACCAACAUUAGAACACUUGCAUGUCAAUUAGGUGCAUCAAAAUCAAUGGUGCAUAGGCUUGUUAGAAAGGGAAAAAUAAAAUCUCAUUCAAAUGCUUUGAAACCAUUUUUGACAUCUUCAAAUAUGGUAGAUCGAGUGAAGUUUGUCUUGAAUCAUAUAGAACCCUUGACAUUAUAUACAAGUCCAAGUUAUGUGGGAAUGUAUAAUGUGGUGCACAUAGACGAAAAAUGGUUUUACAUGACUAGGCAUGCACAAAAAUUUUAUAUGCUCCCAUGUGAAGAAGAACUACAUAGAACAUGCAAAUCUAAGAGGUUCAUUACUAAGGUCAUGUUUAUGAGUGCAAUCGCGAGGCCUAGAUACAAUGAAGAUGGUGUGUGCACUUUUGAUGGAAAAAUAGGAAUUUUUCCGUUCACUACAUUAGAGGCAGCAAAAAGGGCAAGCAAAAACAGGGCUAAAGGUGUUUUAGAACUCAAACCCAUUGAAAGCAUCAAUAAAAUAGUCAUUAAACAAUGCCUGAUUGAAAAGAUCAUCCCUGCUAUUAAAGCUAAGUGGCCGCUGGAUUGUAGUGGACACAUAUUUAUCCAGCAAGAUAACGCCAAACCACACAUAAGUGACAAUGAUCUUGAGUUUAUAAGUGCGGCACAAUCUGAUGGAUUUUCUAUUAACUUGAUUAAUCAGCCACCAAACAGUCCAGACCUCAAUAUUAAUGAUUUGGGAUUCUUUAGAAUUAUUCAAGGCUUGCAACAUGAGAAAGCACCAAAAACAAUUGGUUAG